AUGCGCAUGUCCCGCCCCCAGCCCGAGAAGUGGAUCACCAAGGACUACUGGCGCCUCGAAACCCCGCCAGCGUCGUACGCAACGCACGAUGGGUGGAGUAAUGCCGAUGUCGAUGUCGUUCCCGUCGAGCAGAGGAACUGGAAAGCGGUCAACUACCUCUUCCUCUGGUUGUCUGAUGGUGCCAACGUUGGAACCAUGCAGCAGGCUGCAUCCAUCGUUGCUCUGGGUCUGAGCUGGAAGGAGGCAUCAGCUGCCAUUGCCAUCGGUAACAUCAUCAUCGCCGGCGCCAUCACCCUCAACGGAGCUAUCGGUUCUCGCCACCAUAUCCCCUUCUCCAUCGCCUCGCGAGCGAGCAUGGGCUUCUACUUUUCCUACUUUGCCGUCGUCUCGCGAAUGGUCCUGGGUCUCAUCUACUUUGGUAUCAACACCUACAUCGGCGCCUCUUGCAUGCUCAUCAUGCUCGAAGCCAUCUGGCCCUCCCUUAUCGACCUCCCGAACACCAUCCCCGGCAACGUAGGCGUCACCAGCAACCGUAUGAUCGCGUACUUUGUCUUCUGGACCCUACAAUUCCCCCUGGUCAUGAUCCACCCCCGCAAGAUGCGCUGGCUCUUCUUCAUCAAGUCCAUCUUCGCCGUGGUUGCCGCCUUUGCCACCCUCGGCUGGGCCGUCAAGACCGCCGGUGGAGCAGGACCCAUCUUCAGCAAGCCCCCUACCGCCACUGGCUACAACCUGUCCUGGGCCUGGGUCAGCGGUAUCAACGUCGCCAUUGCCGGCAAGACCACCCUCGCCAUCAACAUGCCCGAUUUGACCCGAUACGGUAACCGCCCGUCCGUCUCGUACUGGCAGAUGCUCUUUGUCCCCGUCGUCUACUUUACCUUCUCCUUUAUCGGUAUCGUCAUCGCGUCCGCCGGUCAGGCCAUCUACGGUACCCUCUACUGGGACCCCACCGCGAUCGUCGCUCUCUGGGACAGCCGCGCCGCCAAGUUCUUUGUCGCAUUCGCCUUCGGUCUCGCCACGCUCGGUACCAACAUCUCGACCAACUCGAUCGCGUCGUCGAACGACUUUGCCUUCCUCUUCCCCCGGUGGAUCAACAUUCAGCGCGGAGCGUUCCUCACUGCUUUCUUGGGCGGAUGGGCGACUUGCCCGUGGCAGAUCCAGGCGAGCGCCAAGAGCUUGACCACUUUCUUGAGCGGCUAUGUCAUCGUCCUGUCUCCGUUGCUGUCCAUCAUGAUCACCGACUACUGGCUCCUCCGCAAGACCCACCUCCACGUCCCCCUGCUGUACCAGAACGAGGGGAUUUACCGGUACAAGGGCGGUGUCAACUGGCGAGCCGUCGCCACCCUCUUCGUUGUUGUCCCCAUCAACCUUCCCGGUCUUAUGAACGCCAUCGACAACAACGUCAAGAUUGGAAACUUUGCCUUCUUCUACCGCGCGUCCUGGCUCACCUCCUUCUUCAUCACCGCCACCAUCUACUACACCCUCUCCAAGAUCUUCCCCCCUACCUCGACUUACGUCGAUUGGACCGUCGAGUCGAUGGACGAGGCCGAGUCUGACCCGGCACUCGCGCACGCCCCGUCCCUCAGCCACAACAACUGGGAGACUACCGGCGAAAAGGAAAGGCGGAGCGACGGGGACGAUGGCAAGAGCCCCACCAACUCGACACACGACCGCAAGGCUUAUGUCUAG